AUGGCCUCUGACCUGGCUACGGCCGUUCAAGGUCUCCAUCUUGAGGAUCGUCCUAACUCGAAUAUCGAUGACAUCUUGUUCCAGCAACGGCCUCGCAAACGCAUCAAGCAGGAUGCAUCUCAUCUCAAGGCUCACAUGGAAGCUGAUUUUCUCACGCCUUCUACGCAAUUUUCGCCUACAUGGCUGAAUCGACUGCAGCAGCGCUGGGACUGCCCUGUGGACUAUACAGAACUCUUCAAGAUCUCUACUCCCCAGACGCGAACUGUGACGCGGUUUGAGCGACAUGGCCUCGAGGGUAGAGUGACUGGCUACAAAAACGUUACUGUGCCUGCCAACAGUGCCACUGCCAAGAAUUCCACAUCCUUUCUGCGUAAGCCUGCUAGUAGAGCCGACUUCGUCCGUGGAGCUGCGGGAUUCUUCCCUUUUGCACCUGGUGGCUUGGACGGCAUUGAGGCGACUGCUGCACUUGAGGACCAGGUUCACCGAGCUGGCGGCGGGGACUCCGCUGCUGCCUCGUCUAAUAAGCUCGAGAGAGUCAUCAAGCUCGGUGCCGAGGGCGGCCUUCUCGAGGUCGCACCUGGCCUUAGCCGCGGCAUCGAUGUCAACAAGAAGAAGACCAACGAAGAUGAAGCUAAAGCUGUCGAACAAGAGUUGGACCAGGAGCCCGAACAGGCACCCGGUGCUGAAGAAGCAGAGGGUGAGACGCAGACCAACGGAGAGGGGGGUACCGGGGCUAGGGCCGAAGCCGAGGCUGAAGAGGAAGAGGAAGAAGAGGGGGAGGACAUCGACGCUAUCUUGCCGGUCGAAUUUCCGGCUCUGGAGCCACAUGGGGCUUUGGCGACAUCUAGUGCCAGAAAGGCUGGCCGGGAAUGGGCUCACAUGGUGGACAUCAACAGAGACAUCACGAACUUCAGUGAGCUGGUACCUGACAUGGCAAGAGAUUGGCCCUUCGAGCUUGAUACAUUCCAAAAGGAGGCCAUCUACCAUCUCGAAAGCGGCGAUUCUGUCUUCGUUGCUGCGCAUACGUCGGCCGGAAAAACUGUCGUCGCCGAGUACGCCAUUGCCCUUGCCUCGAAGCACAUGACCAAGGCCAUCUACACGUCGCCCAUCAAGGCACUGAGCAACCAGAAGUUCCGAGACUUCCGCCAGACAUUCGACGAGGUCGGUAUCCUGACGGGUGAUGUUCAAAUCAACCCUGAGGCUAGUUGCCUGAUUAUGACAACGGAGAUUCUGCGAAGCAUGCUUUACAGAGGAGCCGAUCUGAUCCGAGACGUUGAGUUUGUCAUCUUUGAUGAGGUACAUUAUGUCAAUGAUUUUGAGCGCGGUGUCGUCUGGGAAGAGGUCAUUAUCAUGCUUCCAGAACAUGUCACCCUCAUUUUGCUGUCUGCAACUGUACCGAACACUUAUGAGUUCGCAUCAUGGGUUGGACGGACCAAGCAGAAGGACAUAUAUGUCAUUUCUACGCCGAAGCGGCCGAUUCCACUGGAACAUUAUUUGUGGGCUGGCAAAAACAUACACAAAAUUGUGGACUCGGAGAAGAAGUUCAUCGAGAAAGGCUGGAAGGAAGCCAACCAGGCCAUUCAAGGCAAAGACAAGAUCAAGGCUCCGGAACCGAGCAAUGCGCCUCGCGGUGGAAGUGGCCAAAGAGGGGCACAGAGGGGAGGAGCACAGCGUGGCGGACAGCGCGGAGGCCAACGCGGCGGCGGUCCCCAACAAAGAGGCCGCGGCGGGCCGCCGCGUGCCAGUCACAAUCCAGAACACAUGGGUAGGACUGGUCGACAAGGCGGCUUUACCUCGGCGGCUCAAGACAAGAAUCUUUGGGUUCAUCUUGUUCAGUUCCUCAAGAAGUCCAACUUGCUUCCCUCGUGCAUCUUUGUCUUCUCUAAGAAGCGAUGUGAGGAGAACGCUGAUGCGCUCAGCAACCAGGACUUCUGCACCGCUAACGAGAAGAGCGCCAUCCACAUGACAAUCGAAAAGUCUAUCGCUAGACUAAAGCCUGAGGACCGAGCUCUGCCUCAGAUUAUCAGACUCAGAGAGCUCCUGUCUAGAGGUAUUGCGGUCCACCAUGGAGGUUUAUUGCCUAUUGUCAAGGAAAUUGUUGAGAUUCUGUUUGCUCAAACUCUUGUAAAGGUGCUCUUCGCUACGGAAACCUUUGCCAUGGGUCUCAACCUGCCAACUCGAACAGUCGUUUUCUCUGGAUAUCGCAAGCACGAUGGUCACUCGUUCAGAAACCUGCUUCCAGGCGAAUACACCCAGAUGGCGGGUCGAGCUGGUCGUCGUGGCUUGGAUACCGGGGGACGAGGCUCCCCAGUUGCCGACCUCCAGAAAAUGAUUCUAGGAGAGCCAUCAAAGCUGAGAUCCCAGUUCCGACUCACCUACAAUAUGAUUCUUAACCUACUUCGGGUGGAAGCUCUCAAGAUUGAAGAGAUGAUUAAGCGAAGCUUUUCGGAACACGCCACCCAGCAACUGCUUCCCGAGCACGAAAAAGCUGUCAAGCUUUCAGAGGCUGAUUUGGCCAAGAUCAAACGUGACUCUUGUGGUAUCUGCGACGUCUCCAUGGACGAAUGCCACCAAGCAUCGGAAGAUUAUAAGCAACUUACCGGGGAAGUUUACAAGUCCCUAAUUGGAAUUCCAAUCGGCCGCAAAAUGUUCAGCCAAGCACGUCUGAUCGUUUACAACAGGGACGGCAUCCGCACGCCUGGCAUAUUGCUAUCUGACGGCGCGAGCAACAAGGGUCCGCAGGGUAGUCCAACUCUGCAUGUAUGCGAGAUUAGAUUGAUGAGAGAGACUCGCGACUCGACAGACCUGCUGCCGUUCAUUCCGGCCUUCCGCAAGUAUCUUACGCCGCUGCCUCAGGCAAAGAAGCACAUGCGCAUCAAGACUCUACAUGUGCCUCUGAGCGAUGUUGAAUGUCUCACGAGAUAUGUUACCAAAGGGGUCGUGCCAGAGAUAUUUCAAAGCGGCGAAAAGUAUCUCAAGGCCAAAGACAGGCUCCACUCAAUUUGUCGCUCGUGGGAUGACCUCUGGGACGAAAUGGACCUGUCAAAGAUCAAGAAUCUUCAAUUCCAGGAGAUGAUGAAGAAGCGAAAGGACGCAGAGGUUACCGCAUCAUCCUCGCCAGCUCUAUCUUGCCCUCAGUUCUUGAAGCACUUUGCUAUGUGCCACGACCAGUGGCUUAUUAAGGAACAUAUUUCUCAGCUGCGACAAUCUCUUUCAGAUCAGAACCUUCAACUCCUGCCCGACUAUGAACAACGAAUCCAAGUGCUGAAGCAGCUCCAGUUCAUCGAUGAGAGUGCCAGAAUUCAACUCAAGGGCAAAGUGGCUUGCGAGAUCCAUUCAGGGGACGAGCUUGUCUUGACGGAGCUCAUCCUAGACAACGUGCUUGCAGACUACGAGCCGGCGGAGAUUGCAGCCCUACUGUCGGCUUUUGUAUUCCAGGAGAAGACAGAUACGCAACCGAACCUAACGGGUAACCUCGAGAGAGGCAAGGACACCAUUGUUGCCAUCAGCGAGAAGGUCAACGAAGUCCAGACACUCCAUCAGGUCAUCCAGUCUGCCGAUGACUCCAACGACUUCAUCUCCCGACCCCGGUUCGGCCUGAUGGAAGUUGUGUACGAGUGGGCGAGAGGCAUGAGCUUUAAAAACAUCACCGAUUUGACCGAUGUUCUAGAGGGCACCAUUGUACGAACCAUUACGCGCCUCGACGAAACGUGUCGCGAGGUGAAAAAUGCUGCUCGCAUCAUCGGCGAUCCGGAGCUAUACCAGAAAAUGCAGACAGCACAGGAGAUGAUCAAGCGGGACAUCACGGCGGUUGCCAGCCUGUAUAUGUAG